GCCCGCUUCCUGGAUGCACUCCUUUUUCAGGACCGCGAGACCCUUUCUUUUCUUUUCACCAACGAGGCGAUUCUUCACCUCUAGAUCAUCUUUAGCAUACGCAGUUCCGGCAGCAGCAUCGCCCACGAUGGCGUCGCCCAUAAUCAAAGUCCACAACUCCCUGACGCCCGGCGGGCCGGUGCCCUUCGAGCCCAAGGAGAAGGGCAAUGUGUCAUGGUACGCCUGCGGACCGACCGUCUACGACCAGAGCCACCUGGGCCACGCCAGGAACUACGUCUCGACCGACAUCAUCCGCCGCAUCUUCAUGCACUACUUCGACUACAAGGUCAAGUUUGUCAUGAACAUUACCGACAUCGACGACAAGAUCAUCAUCAGGGCCCGCAGGCAGAGGUUGCUGGACCUCGAGAAGAAGAAGACCUACACGCCGGAGGAGUUGCAUGCGCUGGGCGCAAAGGCGUUUCUGGCUUAUGCGCAGAGCAACUUGCCACUGCUCGUGGAGGGCGAGGGACUGGACGAGAAAAACUACGAGGAGCGGCGCGACAAGGCGUACGGCGGCGUCCUGGCCGGUGGUGCGCUCACGGCCGACGGGAAACCAGGCGACGCCGAGGCCAAGAUCAAGAUGCAUCUGAGCAACAUGGACGCCGCGGCCAAGGGUCUCCGGGAUGGCAAGGUUUUUGGAUCCGCAGACGAGGUGCUCCUCCCGUACCUCGACUCGCUGUACAAGGAGACGAUAGACACGAGCGACCAGAGCAUGUUUACGGACCUGACGCGGCGCAUGGAGGCCGACUUCUUCGACGACAUGGACAACCUGAACAACCUGCGCCCCGACGAGAUCACCAGAGUGACCGAGUACGUGCCCCAGAUUGCCGACUUUGUCGACAGGAUAGUCAAGAAGGGCUUUGCGUACGAGUCGCAAGGCUCGGUAUAUUUCGACAUUGCCGCCUUCGAAAAGGCCGGUAAUACCUAUGCACGCCUGAAGCCCGAGAGUCGCGGCGACAAGGCACUGCAGGAGGAGGGAGAGGGUUCGCUCUCCAAGGGCGCUGGUGGAAAGCGGAGCCCUGGCGACUUUGCGCUGUGGAAGCAGUCGAAGCCUGGUGAGCCCUACUGGCCAAGCCCCUGGGGAAAUGGGAGGCCCGGUUGGCACAUUGAGUGCUCGGUCAUGGCGUCGGACAGGCUGGGAGCGCAGAUGGAUGUUCACUCUGGCGGUAUAGAUCUUGCCUUCCCGCACCACGACAACGAGCUGGCGCAGAGUGAGGCAUACUUUUGCGAGCACGGCAAGGGGGAGCACACCUGGGUCAAGUACUUUUUGCACAUGGGUCAUUUGUCCAUCUCGGGGUCAAAGAUGUCCAAGUCGCUCAAAAAUUUUCAGACCAUCAAAGACGCACUAGCCACCACAUACUCGGCAAGGAAUCUGCGCAUCGUAUUCAUGAUGGGCAGGUGGAACGAGGGCGUGGAAAUCUCGCCCGAGUUGAGGGUCCAGGCGGAUAGCUGGGAGAACACGGUUAACCAAUUUUUCACAAACACCAAGUCAUGGCUGGCAGAAGCAGGCGUUGCAUCGACCAACGAUGGGCUGGAGUCUCUAUUUAUUUCAGAUGAUGCAGCACAGCAAGGCCUGCUUGCGGAUCUUGGUCAAGCCAAGAGGGACACGGAAGCCUUUUUGGCAAACUCUUUCGACACCAACGGGGCAUUGCGCACAAUCGCGGACCUGAUCAACAAGGUCAACGUUCACAAGCGGGAGCACAAGAGCGAUGCAGAUCUCGCAGCCAUAGAGAGGAUAGCACGAUGGGUGACCCGGAUGGUUGGCAUUUUCGGCCUCGACGCCAACGCCAAGCCACCUUACAAUGGGCUCGGCUGGGUGUCAGACCCAAGCGCCGGUCUGGACCUGGAAGCAGUCCGGACGACGUACGCCUCGGUUCGGGAUGAGAUCAAGGCGUCAGGGUUCGCAGAGUCGGUUAUUGCGGUCCUCGACACGCAAAACCCAGCAUCCGACGUCCAAAAGCUGCAGGACUCGGGAGUCACGGACCCGGAGAGGUUGGCAUACCCAUUCGUGGAUGCUGUGGCCAAGCUCCGCGAUGAGCUGCGCAGGACCGUGUCGUCCGCCGCCAGCGCGGAGCAGAAGAAGGCCAUCCUCGCCUUGAGCGACCGCAUCCGCGACCACGACCUGACGAACCUGGGCGUCUACCUGGACGACCGGCCGGACGGACAGCCGUCGCUGAUCAAGUUUGUCCCCGCAGCGCAGCUGAUCGCGGCGCGCGAGGAGAAGGCGGCUCAGCAGGCGGCCAAGGAGAGGGCCAAGGAGGAGGCCAGGCUGGAGAAGGAGCGCAAGGAGCAGGAGAGGUGGGCCAAGGCGGCGGUCAAGCCGCAGGAUAUGUACCGGGCCGAGACGGACAAGUACAGCGAGUUUGACGACGAGGGUAUCCCGACAAAGAUGAAGGACGGCAGCGAGGUGACAAAGUCGGCCGCCAAGAAGCUGAAGAAGGACUGGGAGAAGCAGAAGAAGCUGCAUGAGGAGUACGUCAAGAAGUUUGGAGGUAGUUGA